GGGUUCACACGGUAAACAUUUCCUCGGGUUAUUUGGACAUCAAGCGUAUUUAUUAUUUCAGUAAAUGUUACUCUCGUGUGCAACCAGCUUUGUGGAAAAACAUUCAUGUUGAUUUAUUCCGACUCAUAAAUCUGUUGCAGUAUGCAACUGUAAAGUUUGUGGCACUAACAUGCAUAUUGUAUUUUCCAAAACAUCGUGCACAUUUCAAGAAUGACAGGCAUUUCCAUUGAUUGACAAUGGCUGCAAGAACACCACAAACCGGUCGGAGAAGAAAACGACAACAACCACCUGUUUACAGUGGAAUAAGCGGAUCAUACGAAGACAAAGACAAUGACUACGUUUGUCCAAUUUGUUUUGACCUGAUAGAAGAAGCUCAUAUGACAAAAUGUGGGCACACAUUCUGCUACAAGUGUAUAAAACAGAGCCUGGAGCAGAGUAACAGAUGUCCAAAGUGUAACUUUGUCAUCGACAGCAUCCAGCAGCUCUUUCCUAACUUCACUGUAAAUGAACUGGUGCUGAAACACAGGGGGAGGCUGGAUGAAAAGAAGAUGAAAAUGGACCAACAGAAUUCUCCGGGAGUUGGCUCUGACCUCUGUGAGCUUGUGACAGAGGACAACCUUGACCUUCCCCAUGUCAAUCAGCUGCUGUCCUUACUACACCACAAAAAACAGUUGUUAGAGGCGGAUGGCACUUUGGCACAAAACCUUAUAUUGAAAGAAUUUUUACAACAAAUCCGUUUAAAGAAACAAGAGCAUAUAGACCAAUUAACGAGAGAACUUGCUGUUAUUGAUGAAGACACCAAAAAAGUAGAGAUGAUGAUCUCAGAACACAGAAGGAAAUAUCCCUUUACACCAGACCAUUUGGUGCCCAACGGGUUUGAUCCCUCCAUAGCCUCGGACUCUGACAUGGGCAGUCAGGAAGGCUUCAAUGGCAGCAAAAAUGCUGGCAAGUGGUUAAAUACGACGAUGGCAGCUAGGAAGAAGAAGGUCAGCCAACACUUUGAUGACCUGGAGCAGUGUUACUUCUCUGUAAGACAGAGGGAAAUACUAACUGGAGGGGAAAAUGAAGAAGGACUUGGAGAGUUUACGGAAAGUCUUUCAAAGUUCACCAGAUUUAGUUCCUUUAGGCCCCUAGCCACACUCAGCUACGCCAGUGACUUCUACAGUGGCUCCAGUAUAGUAUCCAGCAUUGAGUUUGACAGAGACUGUGAUUAUUUUGCUAUAGCGGGUGUGACGAAGCGUAUCAAGGUGUUUGAAUACUGCAAUGUUAUAAAAGAUGUCGUUGACAUUCACUACCCAGUCAAUGAGAUGGUGUGCAACUCUAAAAUCAGUUGUGUGACUUGGAGUGCAUAUCACAAGAACAUGCUGGCCAGUUCUGAUUAUGAGGGCACAAUCACCCUGUGGGAUGCUUUCUCCGGCCAAAAGUCAAAGAUCUUCCAGGAGCACGAAAAGCGUUGCUGGAGUGUUGACUUUAACAGAAUGGAUCCCAAGCUUUUAGCGUCUGGGUCUGAUGAUGCCAAAGUGAAGUUGUGGUCAACCAAUGCUGACCACUCUAUAGCCUGUCUGGAGGCUAAAGCCAAUGUGUGUUGUGUCAAGUUCAACCCAGAUAGUCGCUACCACCUGGCCUUCGGUUCUGCAGAUCAUUGUGUACACUACUACGAUUUACGGAACACUAAACAGGCUGUGAUGGUCUUUAAGGGCCACAGAAAGGCUGUGUCUUACACCAAAUUUUUAAACACCAAAGAAAUAGUAUCAGCGUCCACAGACAGCCAACUUAAGCUGUGGAAUAUAAAAAAGCCCACAAACCUACAGACAUUUAAAGGGCACAUUAACGAGAAAAACUUUGUGGGUUUGGCUACAGAUGGAGACUACGUUGCUUGUGGAAGUGAGAAUAAUUCUCUGUAUGUGUAUUAUAAGGGCCUGUCUAAACAACUACUCACCUUUAAAUUUGACACAGUCCGCAGUGCUUUGGAAAAGGACAAGAAAGAGGAGGAAAUCAAUGAGUUUGUUAGUGCUGUUGCCUGGCGACCAGGCUCCAAUGUGAUAGUAGCAGCCAACAGUCAGGGAACGGUCAAAGUGCUAGAGUUGGUGUGAUAAAUGCUGUUAUAGUUAAUGUGGAACAAUCAACAGAAUGAAGUGAUGAAAACUAGAGGUAGAUUGAUGAUACCUAGGAUUGACAACUAGAUGUUGUAUGCUGAAGUCAGUUGAUCACAGCCAGGAUUGACAACUAGAUGUUGUAUACUGAAGUCAGUCGAAGACAGACAGAAUUGACAACUAGAUGUUGUAUACUAAAGUCAGUCGAACACAGCCAGAAAUGACAACUAGAUGAUGUAUACUGAAAUCAGAUAAACACAGCCUGGAUUGACAACAAGAUGUUGUAUACUGAAGUCAGUUGAAGACAGCCAGGAUUGACAACUAGAUAUUUUAAACUGAAGUCAGUUGAUCACAGCCAGGAUUGACAACUAGAUGUUGUAUACUGAAAUCAGAUAAACACAGUCUGGAUUGACAACUAGAUGUUGUAUACUGAAGUCAGUUGAACACAGCCAGGAUUGACAACUAGAUAUUUUAUACUGAAGUCAGUUGAUCACAGCCAGGAUUGACAACUAGCUGUUGUAUACUGAAAUCAGAUAAACACAGCCUGGAUUGACAACUAUAUGUUGUAUACUGAAGUCAGUUGAUCACAGCCAGGAUUGACAACUAGAUGUUGUAUACUUAAAUCUGAUAAACACAGCCUGGAUUGACAACUAGAUGUUGUAUACUGAAGUGAGUUGAACACAGCCAGGAUUGACAACUAGAUGUUGUAUACUGAAGUGAGUUGAACACAGCCAGGAUUGACAACUAGAUAUUUUAUACUGAAGUCAGUUGAUCACAGCCAAGAUUGACAACUAGAUGUUGUAUACUGAAGUCAGUUGAUCACAACUAGGAUUGACAACUAGAUGUUGUAUACUGAAAUCAGUUGAACACAGCCAGGAUUGACAACUAGAUGUUGUAUACUGAAGUCAGUUGAUCACAGCCAUGAUUGACAACUAGGUGUUGUAUACUGAAGUCAUCAGUUGAUCACAGCCAGGAUUGACAACUAGAUGUUGUAUACUGAAGUGAAGUGAUCACAGCCAGUUGUUACACCUUAAGCAUUAGAAUUUAACAUCAUCAUUGUGUGUGAUGUUGGGUACAUAACCAGAUAAAUUGACAGUGUAUAUCACAGCAGGUAAACAGCUGGAGUGAAUCCAAGGUAACUAUUAACAAGACAUUUUUCUGACUUGUGGUUGAUUGUUAUGAAAAUUGCCAAAUUAGGAAUGCUUGACAUGACAAUUUGAAUCUGAUAUGAAAGUUCUAAUGUAAGACAAUUACAGAUCUUCUAACACUGUAGGAUGUGUGACAGUGAUACCAUAUAUAAUGUGUCUGUUUGUGUCAUACUGGUACGGGAGAUAGACUAUGUUAUAUGUAUGAGGGUAAAUGUGUGUGUUUUUGUGUGUUUGUUUUGUUUUAUUAGUUUGUUUUAUAGGCAAACUUUUGUAUAGAUUUUUACAUGGACUGAGUUUAUAAAACAGGCGUAUGGUUUUAACUUUGCUAGAACAUAUGGUUACAAAUAGUCCUUAUUUAUUGGCUUCAAUUCUGAGGUAGGUGAUAGACUGUAGCAUGUGAACAACUUUAUGUUUUCAUUAGAAAUGUUUUAACCUUUUCAUUUGCUCAGAAAAUGCAUUUUAAAACCAUUUGUAAACAGAAACCAUCAUAGACUUAUUAUUCAGUAGUAUCUGAUGAGAUAAUUACAAUAAUAAUAAUAACAAUUUGAGGUUCUUAUAUACUGCUUUAUCACAACCUAGU